CCCCCCGCCGCCCCUCUCGGUGACGAAGCGGACGGCCGCCCGGACCUUGCCCUCGAGCAUGAGCUUGUUGAAGAUGCGAUAGACCGACGCGUCGUCCAGCUGAGGCUGAGUGGUGGGGAACUGCUGGUCCAGUCGCUCCGCCUCGCACACGAGCUCCUCCACCUGCCCCUUCUGCCACAUCUCCAGCCGCCUCCAGAGCAUCCGCUUGACAUCGCGCUUCCUCUUGACAUCCGGAUCUCGCUGGAUGAGUGUGCGGACGAAGACGCCAGCCCGCUCGGACGGUGCCUCGAGCUUGGAGAUCUUCUCCACCUCAUCAGCGAUGGCAUCGGCGAUGGCGCGGCCAAGGUUGCCAAGCUUGCUGAGAUCCUUCACGCACCGCGGGGCUGUCUUCCUUCAUUGGUGUUUGUAGUUGGGACAUUCGAUCAUUCAUUGUACGUACGUCUUCAUCUAUGAUGAUCUCUCUCACAUGGGCCUUGGGAGAGACCGACACGGAAAACGUCAAGAAAACGUUGGAAUGCAAUCAGUCUUUGCCUCUCAAUCACUCUCCCGUCUAUCAGAUCGGUCUCCAUCCCCUC